UUAAAUUACUUGUAGUGAUUUUGUUUUUUCUUUGUCUUUCCUUAAAUAAAUCCGAACGUGCACUGCAUUAACAUCUUCUAGCCAGUGUUCUGUGGUCUUAUUGCAAAAUACCUUUUGUUUACUUGAAUUUAACAGCACUACAAACGCAUUUGAACGCAUAUUCCUUAUCAGGCGUGUUUAUUAAUGCAAACUUUGACACAUAAACGCAAUGACCUGUAUUUGCCCUCCCCACACUGGCGUUGCUGCUUGCUUGUAAUUCCGAAUGUUUCCUGUUUUUGAGCCCAGCGGCGCGCCGUAGUGGCGGUUUCUUACUGGAGCCACGGAUGUUCAAACUUUAUUGAUAUGACAAAGUUUUACUUUCAAAUAAAAGGACUCAUUUAUUCAACCAGCGUGGAUGUAUUGUGACCUUUUUUUUUACCAGCAUAUCCUUCAGUUUUUUCUUCACUUUUAUAGUCUAAACCAAGGCCGUUGCUAUGGAGGACGUCACGCGGCUGGUGUCGUCAGGUGACUGCCUGAAGAUCUGGGACUCGACCUCCAUGACGGUGCUGGAGCAGUUCAACCCUCACAGUGCCACGCAUCCAGUGGCUCAAGUGUGCUGGAGCAGCAGCAAUCAGUACCUGGUCAGUGCCAGCAGUAUAGGAGACAAGCUGGUGGUGUCCAGUCUCAAGUCAUCUCCAGUUCCAGUGAUGGAGCUGGGUGAAGGGAAAAAGCAAACCCGUGUCAGUCUGAACUCCACAUCACAGUUCCUGGUCAGCGGAGGACUGGAUAACACGGUUAAUAUCUGGGACCUAAAGACAAAAAGGUUGCACCGAAGCCUUAAGGACCACAAGGAGGAAGUGACAUGUGUGUCUUUUAACGGAGGCGAUAGCUACAUAGCAUCUGGCUCCACUAGUGGAGAAAUCAUCCUCCACAGUAUCACAACCAACCUGUCCAGCAAACCCUUCGGCCAUGGGCCAAAUGUGGUGAGUUUAGGGCUGGAUUACAAAGGGCAAAGACUGAGUGAUGUAUCAAGUGGAAAAAAAGACUUUGAAUACCUACCUCAUUUCGCUGGUGGGUCGUCCCAGAGGAAGACCCCAUUGGGCACUCCAGGCAGUCGCUGCUACAGUCCAUCUGUGGUUCAGACUCCUCCACCAAUCAAAGAGGAGGAGUCCAUCACUACCCCACCGCAACAGACUGAUGUGGAGAAGAAUAACGGUCUCCGGCAGGAGUAUGAUGUCACUAGCACACCCCCUGCUGCUCAGAGCACACAUGUUCAGUCUGUGAACACGUACAACACCCCUGAGCCCGGUCAGAGGAGAGAUCUGCCCACCCAGCUCACCUAUGAUUCGCCGGUCAGCGGAGCUCCUCCUGCAGCUGCACCAGCUCCAGCGGCGGCAGUCGAAUCUGGAGCCGAGGGCCGUGGAGCUCCGCUCACCUCCAUUCAGAUGAACUUUGUCCGUAAUAUGAUCCAUGAGGCACUGGAGGACUUCAGGGACACUUGUCAUAGAGACAUUAUCAACCUGCAGGUGGAGAUGGUUCGGCAGUUCUAUGUUCAGCUGAAUGAAAUCCAUGGUCUGAUUGAGAAAUACUCUGUGAACGACUCCCUCAUCGAGGAGAUAGAAAGACUGAGAGAAGAAAACAAACGACUACGAGCCAAUUAUUAAAGACAUCCAUAGACACGUGUCUCCCAUUGUGUCAGUCGGGGGAAUACUGCCCGGAAUCAGAGAGGACAGAGAGAAGCUCACGUUUCUACUAGUGCCUUCACUCUGCAGACCACCGCUCACUGUCUGCUGCUCCAUUUGUCAUAUUGGCACACACUUUUGUAUUUGUUUCAGGUUAUAAAGUGUUUUUGUAAGAUUUCUAUGCCUUAAAAUCAAAUAGCAAAGAAGAGAACUCACUUUGUAUUUUUUUUCCCCAAGGUGUGUUUUGUAUAUCCUAACUAGUUUACAGACAAGUCGCAUGUAUUGGCACCUAGGAUAUGUAAUGCGUGAAUGUUUUAGAGUGAAGAAACCAUCUCCGUGUGAAUUUUGCCACUAUGGAUUGUGCUCCUUCGUAAUUUUUGUCCAGAUAAUUUUUGCAAACCACAUGCCAAAAAUGAAAGGACACUGGUUAUGUUGUGUAAGAGUAGGCAGAUCUGUGCAUUUUGCAGCUUCAAAAGGUGUGUAUUGGAGAUUAUUUGAAUGCCAGUGCUUUAAUACAUGACAUUUUGAAUCAGUUUCAUAUGUUCUUGGCAGCACAUUUGGC